GGGUCGAAGCAGCCACCGCCGCUGGGGGACCCUGUCGGAAACGACUGCCGCCGCCGCCGCCGCCGCCCCUUCCAUCUCUUCUGGGGCAAGGGGCCAGGGCCAGGUUUUACACAUCUGUAAGUAGACUUCUGGAGCUCUGCCAGCCAACUCAAUGGCGUCCUCUACUACUGUGCCUCUAGGAUUUCACUAUGAAACGAAGUAUGUUGUUCUCAGCUACUUGGGACUCCUCUCUCAGGAGAAGCUACAAGAGCAACAUCUUUCCUCGCCCCAAGCUUCACAACCUCUGGAUCAAGAAGUUUUAUUAAAAGUUAAAACUGAAAUUGAAGAAGAGCUAGAAUCCCUGGACAAAGAAAUUUCUGAAGCAUUCACCAGCACAGGCUUUGAUCGUCAUACUUCUCCUGUGUUCAGCCCUGCUAACCCGGAAAGCUCCGUGGAAGACUGCUUGGCUCAUCUUGGGGGAAAAGUAUCACAGGAACUGAAAGAGCCUCUACAAAAGGCAUUGCAAAUGCUCCUCAGCCAGCCAGUGACAUAUCAGGCAUAUCGGGAAUGUACACUGGAGACCACAGUUCAUGCCAGCGGCUGGAAUAAGAUUUUGGUGCCUCUGAUUUUGCUACAACAAAUGCUUUUGGAGUUGACAAGACGUGGUCAAGAGCCUCUGAGUGCAUUGCUACAGUUUGGUGUGACAUAUCUGGAGGACUAUGCAGCAGAGUACAUCACUCAACAAGGUGGCUGGGGCACUGUCUUUAACCUUGAAUCAGAGGAGGAGGAAUACCCUGGAAUUGUUGCCGAAGAUAGCAAUGACAUUUAUAUCCUGCCCAGUGACAACUCUGGACAAGUCAGUCCUCCAGAGUCUCCUACUGUGACUACUUCUUGGCAGUCAGAGAGCUUACCUGUUUCACUGUCAGCCAGUCAGAGUUGGCACACAGAAAGCCUCCCAGUGUCCCUAGGUCCUGAGUCCUGGCAGCAGAUUGCAAUGGAUCCUGAAGAAGUCAAAAGCUUAGAUAGCAACGGGGCUGGAGAGAAGAGCGAGAACAACUCUUCUAAUUCUGACAUUGUGCAUGUGGAGAAAGAAGAAAUUCCUGAAAGCGUGGAAGAGGCUGCCGUGGCAUCUGUCAUCCUGCCAACCAAGGAGCUGCGGGAGGCGCUCCCGGAAGCACCAGCUCCCUUGCUUCCACAUAUCACUGCCGCUUCCUUGCUGGAGAUGAAGGAGCCCGACACAGAAGGGAUGACAGUGGAGACAGUCAGCCCUGCUCCGUCUUCGUUCAUGGAACUUGCUGAAGAAGAGAACUUGGUGAAGACAAAAGCAGCAACGGUUGAAUCUGUUGAAUUGGAAGAGGACGUGACCCCCGCACUGGAACCCACAGCAACACUGCUGAGUGAAGAGGAGAUGCGUGUGAGGAGAGGGGGCCUUCGAGAAGGCCCCUCCCCUGCAGGAGAAGGGAAAGCCAUCCCACUGUCUGAGGGCAAGUCUAUACUGCUGUUUGGAGGGGCCGCCGCCAUCGCCAUGCUGGCAGUGGCAGUUGGGGUCGCACUGGCUCUGAGAAAGAAAUAGCAGAUUUUUCAGAAGAGAAAGAAAACAAAAAAGAUGUCAGGUUUUAGCUGUACUGACUGAAUUUGAACCACCAACAGCUGAUUUGGACAUUUGUGGAACACUCUGGGAUAAUGGGGGACUUCUGCUCAACAAGGCAGUAGAUUGAUCCACACAGUAGGGCUUCGGGUAGAGAGCAUUCACGUUUGUCUGAUUUUAAGUUCCAAGGGCCUUGGCUCCUGCUAAAUUCGGAAUCUUAUGCGUCAAGCACUCCCUCUAGAACAGGGUUUCUCAACCUUGGCAUUAAUGACAUCAUGAUUGAUUCUUCGUUGUAGGAGGCUGUCCUUUGCACUGUAGGAUGUUUAGCAAGAUCCCUGGCCUCUACCCAUUAAAUACAAGUAGCACCCUUCCCCUGGUUGUGACAAUCAGAAAUGUCUCCUGACAUUGCCAAAUGUCCUCCGGGGGCAAAAUUGUUCCCGUGGAGAGCCACAGCUCCAGAGGGAAAGGGUUAAUUUAGGAGAAUCUGGGAUAGAAAUUCCCAGGCAAAAGGGCUUAGCUGUGGGCUCCUCAGCUACUGAUUUGUUCCUGCCCCUGGAAUUUCAUCUUUCCUGGUGAACAUGCUGUGUUUUGCAGCCAUUCCUCUGUGGCUCCUCUUUUCUUCCCCACCUUCUCGGUCCUGUAGCAUGAGGGUGCUUUCUCCUAUGUCUCAGCUGCCUCUCAGGUACUACACGGCUCCUCUUCACCCCCAGGUGCUUUAUAAGGCCCCAUGGGAGAGUGCUUGGUCCGCACCCGUUAAGUCCCUGAUGCUUCCUCCAGCUCCACCUUGUAAAGAUGUUGCCGUUAGUCAUCUUAAAAAAAAUAAAUAUAAAAGAGACCUAGGGUUCCCUGCCUGUGGAUGAGAGGGCAAGUAGCUGGCUAGAGAGCGGUAUUUGUCUCAUUUAUAAGCAGGAUGACUUAGAUGGACGAGUGUCUUCUGGCCCUUUUGUGUGUGGCCACCCUUCUGAGCUUAUGGUUACUUGCUGGCAGCAUCUCUGUUGCUGGAUGGUCACUGUCUAUAAUCUGGGCUGUGUGUUUUCCCUUUAUCUGGCCUCAGUCUUCUUACUGGUCAACCAGCCUCUCUGAGGUCUCUUCCCAUGUGAUAAGGAUUUUCAUACUUGGGCUUACAGACCAAUUGAAUCAUAACUCAAUAAGAGUUAUACAGAAAAUCUCCCUAAAUACCAUUGAAAUAAAAAGUAGGAAAAGAGAAGCUUGAAUUUCUUGAGGCUACCCUUGAGAUUCUAAUUUGGCUUUCAGAGUUCAAGAAUAAGACUUCUUCUUCCCUGAACUCUUUACAGUCCAAAUGCCAGAGUGAUAAACCAAAAUCAUUCUAAUCAGUAUGUGCUAGUUGAGAAUCAGCAUAACUUUCUUUCAUCUGGCUGAUCCCAUCCCUAAUGGGGGGGUGGGACUGUGUCUUUUCAUGAGUGAGGGUCCGUGUCACUAUGCAGGACACACAUGCUUGAUACAGGUCAUCUCAGAUUUAUCUCAGUAAAUGUAAAAAUUACUUUUUAGAUCCUGAAAUUUGUAAUAAAAUUACUUUACUAUCCUGAUCACCAAAA